AUUGGUACGUGAAGAACUCAAAUGUGGCGCUUGUGUCGGCUCUGCAACACGAAAUCGUUCGAGCCGCUGUUCUUCACGCUUUUUCGCUGUAACACCUCGUUGUAAUUUUAUUUCUCAUCUCACGGUGCUGCCCAAAAUUUUAUUGGAAAUAGAAAAUGGAAGAAUAUGCAAGAGAGCCUUGUCCAUGGCGUAUAGUUGAUGACUGUGGCGGUGCAUUCACAAUGGGCGCGAUAGGAGGUGCUGUGUUCCAAAGCAUAAAAGGAUUUCGCAAUGCUCCGAGCGGUUUGAACAAAAGAUUUUUGGGAAGUUUGAUGGCAAUAAAGCAAAGAUCACCCAUAAUAGCAGGAAACUUUGCCGUAUGGGGAGGAAUGUUUUCAACGAUCGAUUGCACUCUGGUACACUUUAGGAAGAAAGAAGAUCCGUGGAAUUCUAUUAUAAGCGGAGCAGCAACAGGCGGAAUAUUGGCAGCAAGAAAUGGUUUGCCCGCAAUGGCAGGCAGCGCGGUCAUUGGAGGAAUGCUUCUGGCACUGAUAGAAGGAGUUGGCAUACUUUUCACUCGUCUCUCUGCUGAACAAUUCAAACCCCCGAGUUUGGUUGUCGAUGAUCCUUCGCAGCUUGGCCCACCACCACAAAAUUAUCCCUCAUAGACACGAAUGAACCAAUGAAUGAUUAACUCUAGAAUAUUUUACAAAUUAGGAGGUAAUACUCGAGUGAGUCCUGCUGCGUUACACAUGUUUCAAUUCGCCCGGUGCGACUCGACUUUGAACCGUUACAAAAAAUUUGUACAGACGAUGAUUAAGUUGAAAAAUCAUAAAGAAAACAAAUUGCUACGUAGUACUGAGUCUCUGGAUUUUUUUUUGUACUUUCAUAUCUUUAUUUUGUGACUAUAAUCUUUUAUUAAAAAAUGCAUUAAUAUUUGAAAAGUAUCAUCAUUGUUAAUUGUGGGGAGUAUCAUAAAAUAACUUUUAAUGUUGACAGAAACCUAUAGAAAAUCAUUCUCACAAUGUAACAAGAACUAUUGAAAAUCAUUGAUUCGACUAACACGUCUGUUACCUGGAUAUUAGAGGCAUAAGGAUGUAACAAACUUUGUAAGUUUGAACAUUUAUUCAUUCUGUUGAACCAAUCAAAGCUCAGUUUUUUCCUGAUUUUUUUCAUUGCAGUUUGACCUGUAGGCACUCGAAUGAAGCAGAUAUUCCAAAUGAAAGACAGUUCCAGUGAUAACCAAUAUGUAAAUAUCAUUCAUGCUAAGAAUUAAAAUAAUUUAAAAAAAGAAAUGAAGUAAAUAGUAGUGGGAAAAUGAUUAUUCACAUCAUCAGUUAUGAAAUAAUGAUAAGAAGAAGAAGGUUCAACGAAUAGUUUUGAAUCAUUGAUGAUCAUCUUCAUCCUCUUCCUCUUCAUCGGUAUCUUGUUUUUUUAAGACUGGUAUUGACAGAUCUAAUUUUUCACAAAUUUGUAGUUUUGACGAUUCUAUUUUUGGUGUUUCAUUAACGUUUGACUGGUUUUCUUUUUCUCUCUUGAGGCUUGCCAGUUCCAUUUGUUCUACCUGUAACCAACGAAAGAACACAUUUUUAAAAAAUAUUAAACGACUAAUAAAUCAUAAUAAAUAAC